AUGUGGUUCGUGCAAAGGAUGUCGGCCACUUGUUGUGUUUGUACCCUCAACGACUACAGUCGUUGUAUACUGACGAAGAUGGUCGCGGCAAUGACGCCGUCCGCGGCGGCCCCAACGACGAAUGCCACUGAUGCAGACACCGCUGACGACGCGAACCACUUUGUGGUGCACAAUGACGAUGACUGGAUCCGACGAAACGAUGAAUCGUGCGCGAGCGACAGUUAUCGGGCGAUGGCGAUUGGCGACAGCAAAAUACGCUGA